AACAAGAUACAUUGUUACAAAUGUCGUGGUACAUUUUAAUAUUUAUUAUAAGUGUAAUACAUCAAUCAGACUGUAGGAAUUAUACCAAAGGUUAUAUAAAACAGGAUUAUACUAAUAUAGAUACAAAGAAUGUGACCAAUAGUACAAAUCAAGUGUCUUUGAGAAGCAAGAAUAACUUGAUUUCGUGUCCUUAUUUCAAAGAAAACAAGUUACGCAUAGAAAAAAUGGUGGAUGUCUGGCAGACGCUAAUACAUACAGCUAAGGAUGAAGUGCCUUGCUUUAAAAUUUUAAUACGAAAAGUGGGAAAAACGGAAAGAAAAUCGAACAAGGCUCGUUAUAGAACUUUAGGUGGCAAUAUUCUGUGGGAAAAUUGCACAUUAGAGAUUAGGACUACAAGCAGUAAGGCAUUUAAGAGACGACACUUUCUUCAAGGAACCACGUACAACGGUGUUUUCAAAAAUAUUAUUAUUGAAACGGGUGAAAUCACAAAACUAGUAAAUGAAAAUCCAGAUCAAUGGUUCCUACGAAAAAACUUGUUGAUAAUGAGAGAUUGUUUUAAUGGCGAUAUCGUAAUUUUUGCUAGGGUACCAUAUCAGCCGAGUAGAAAACUCUUAGAGGAUACAUUGAAGAUUUACAAGAAGAAUGGUUCGUGGACUUGCGAUCGUACCUUUAAGCCAAUUAGAGAAAAGCAAUGAAUUAAGCAGGAAUUAUCGUCGGAGCCUGGUGUAUGUUACAGUGACUAGGUUGUCUUUCCGUUAGAUCAUUUAAAAUAUAUAGUAAUAGUAUUGUCUUUUAUUGACACAACCUUUACACAUUUAAAGAAAAAACUUUUU